AUGUUUCACCGCCAACAAGUCCAUUCCAAUCUCAAUCCCAUUCAACAAAACCUGCUCACUACACUACGCAAUCAUCCAAAGCUUGUAGUCCUCAACUCUGACAAAAAUCUUGGGCCUGUGCUAAUGGAACGCGAAACCUACGUCUGCCGCUGCCUUAUUGACCACUUACUACAGCCUACUUAUGAACAUUUGUCUUUCGAGGCUGCAACCACAUUCAUCUCAAGCACUCGAGACUCUCUCAUUGAGUUUCUUACUCUUUACCGUGGUUACCUGGGGGAUGAUAAUCACAAAUAUCUGACCCGCAGCCUUGAAGCAGUCGGCGAUCCUUUUAGCUACUUUUAUGUAUUAGCUAAAGUUCACAAACGCCCCUGGAAAACCUGCCCCAUUGUUUCAGUCUCUGGAAGCCUACUCUAUGGCCUUGGCAAAUGGCUUGAUCAACAACUUCAACCGAUCAUCCGCCAACUUCCAACCUACCUAUCCAGCUCCUUCCAACUGAAAGAAGAUCUAGAUAAAAUGGCAGGGACUAACUUUUCCAACAUGAGUAUCUUCACUGGGGAUGUCAUUGCUAUGUACCCAAGCAUCAAUCUUGAUGAUGCCUUUGAACGGAUUGAAGAAUUCUUACACCAUUCUUCCCUCUGUGCCAAUGUUGAUGCAGGUGCCGUCAUGCACGCCCUGCGCCUCAUCAUGAAACGAAAUUGCUUUCGAUUUGGGGACACAUAUUGGCUUCAAAAAGAUGGCACUGCAAUGGGCACUCCACCUGCGCCCUCUUUUGCUACUCUCUACUACAGCAUUUUUGAACUGGACCUCAUUGAGCAAUUUGGAUCUUCUUUACACUAUCUUCGCCGAUACAUUGAUGAUCAGUUUGGUAUCUGGAUCCACAAUCCAGACCCAGUUGUCGAUCAGCAACAAUGGGAAGCAUUUAAACAGUGUCAAGAAACUUAUUGCUCUCUUUCUUGGGAAUUCUCUCCGCUGUCCAAAACAGCCAAUUUCCUGGAUGUUACUCUGGAUGUGGAACAGUUCCACAUCAACUUCAAGCUCUACGAAAAGCCUCUGAAUCUUCACCUGUACAUCCCUCCGAACUCUGCUCACACCCCUGCCGUCCGAAUGGGCCUUGUUACAGGUGGAAUCUACCGCAUUCUUCAGCUUACUACUCGAGACUGUGACAAAAAGGACUCCCUGUCCAAGUUCCACUCCCAUCUCUUUGCCCGUGGAUACAAACUUCCUUUCCUUAAGUUUGCCUUUGAAAAAGCUCUCAUUCAAUUUUCAAAGCCACGGGAAAAGAAAUCCAAAGAUUCAACGCGCGACUACAUUCUUUUACAUUUACCUUUUCAUCCUUGUGAUCCUCCUCGGCACUCCCUUCAACAGGCCUUUCAUGCACACAUGCUCCACCCACGAACAAAACACCGAUUGUUUGGUCAAGCUUGUGAUCAUAGCCAAGCUUGGCACAGAACUCACUCAUGGAAUGGCUGGGAUGCCUUCAUUCGAAACGAUACACCUGUGGUCCCAAAAGAAAAGUUCGAACCAUAUUUAUACGAACUCCACAACAACGAAAAAGCUCUCAUUCCUAUUAAACGGCUUAUUGUUGCAUACAGUCGUGCCCCCAAUUUGAAGAAUCUCCUAUUUCCUCGUCAUGUUGAAGCAAAAUGCCCAACUGCUCGGCAAGUCUCAACUAUUCAAGCUGAACUUUUACAUUCUCUCACAAAUGCAGAGCCCAACUGA